ACGUCAUAAAAGUAUUCAUACUGGGGAAAAAGCCUAUAGAUGUGAAGAAUGUGACAAGUGCUUUACCACAGCCUCACAACUUAGAUGUCAUAAAAGGACUCAUACUGGGGAAAAACCCUACAGAUGUGAAGAAUGUGACAAGUGCUUUGCUGAAAUGUCAAGUCUUAGAAGUCAUAAAUAUAUCCAUACUGAGGAAAAACCCUACAAAUGUGAAGAAUGUGACAAGUAUUUUACCAAAGCCUCUUAUCUUAGAUGUCAUAAAAGGACUCAUACUGGAGAGAAACCCUACAGAUGUGAAGAAUGUGACAAGUGCUUUACCAGGGCUUCCUAUCUUAGAAAUCAUAAAAGCAUUCAUACUGGAGAGAAACCUUACAAAUGUGAAGAAUGUGGCAGGUCCUUUACUUUGCGCUCAACACUUAAGAGUCAUUACAGAAUUCAUACUGGAGAAAAACCCUACAGGUGUGAAGAAUGUGACAAGUGCUUUACCCAGGCCUCAAAACUUAGACGUCAUCAAAAUAUUCAUACUGGGGAGAAACCCUACAGAUGUGAAGAAUGUGACAGGUCCUUUAGCAAUGGCUCAAGCCUUAGAAGUCAUAAAAAUAUUCAUACUGGGGAGAAACCCUAUAAAUGUCGAGAAUGUGACAAGUGCUUUACUCAAAGGUCAAGUCUUAGAAGUCAUAAAAAUAUUCAUACUGGGGAGAAACCUUAUAAAUGUCGAGAAUGUGACAAGUGCUUUACUCAAAGGUCAAAUCUUAGAAUUCAUAAAAGAAUUCAUACUGGGGAAAAACCCUACAGAUGUGAAGAAUGUGACAAGUGCUUUACCCAGGCCUCCCAUCUUAGAUGUCAUAAAAGGACUCAUACUGGGGAAAAACCCUACAGAUGUGAAGAAUGUGACAAGUGCUUUACCGAGGCCUCACAUCUUAAACGUCAUAAAAGGACUCAUACUGGGGAAAAACCCUACAAAUGUGAAGAAUGUGACAAGUGCUUUGCUGAAAUGUCAAGUCUUAGAAGUCAUAAAUAUAUCCAUACUGCGGAAAAACCCUACAAAUGUGAAGAAUGUGACAAGUAUUUUACCAGUGCUUCAUAUCUUAGAUAUCAUAAAAGGACUCAUACUGGAGAGAAACCCUACAGAUGUGAAGAAUGUGGCAAUUUCUUUACUGCGCGCUCAUCACUUGAAACUCAUUACAGAAUUCAUACUGGAGAGAAACCCUACAAAUGUGAAGAAUGUGACAAGUAUUUUACCAGUGCUUCAUAUCUUAGAUAUCAUAAAAGGACUCAUACUGGAGAGAAACCCUACAGAUGUGAAGAAUGUGGCAAGUUCUUUAACCAUGCCUCAUAUCUUAGAUGGCAUAAAAGGAUUCAUACUGGAGAGAAACCCAACAGAUGUGAAGAAUGUGGCAAGUUCUUUACUACGCGCUCAUCACAUGAGACUCAUUACAGAAUUCAUACUGGAGAGAAACCCUACAGGUGUGAAGCAUGUGACAGGGCCUUUACUUCUCUGUCACAUUUAAGGUUUCAUCAGAGAAUUCAUAGUGGAGAGAAACCCUACAAAUGAAAAGGUGAUGAGAAUCCUGUACUUCAAUUCUUAGAGAACAUCAAAGAAUGCAU